UCGUCGCUUCUCUUUAUUUCUUUCCUAGUCAAAUCUGAACAUGCAAAUCAUAAAACUACACACGCAAACACUCGCAGUUAUGUACAUUAACACUCGCCCCUCGAAUUCUCUCUUAAAACCCCAAUAAAACCCUCCAAAUACCACUUUGACAAUGUCUAACGCUAUGACUCGGACUCGCUCUGGGGACCGAUUCUAUAACCCGCCGCCGAUGAGACGCCUCCAGCACCAGCUACUGCUGCAGAAACAACUUCAGAGGUCAUUCGUCAGCGACAAACGAAUCGAUUCGGCUGAGGCAGAGACCCGUGUUGACUCGGACGAUUCGACAUUGUGUAUGUCCAACUCGGUGUCGGCUUCUCCUACUGUUAACUCUAAUUUGACUAAUUUAGAUCGGCUUAUGGAAUCGGUUACUCCUGUUGUUCCUGCUCAGUACUUGGCCGAGGCAAGGUUACGGGGUCAGAGAACCGGUGACAGUGAUAUACAACCAUUUUUUUGUCUUGGGGAUCUAUGGGAAUCAUUCAAAGAGUGGAGUGUGUACGGAGCAGGAGUGCCUUUCCUAUUAAAUGGGAAGGACACCGUUAAACAGUACUAUGUCCCAUCCUUGUCAGGCAUACAAUUGUAUCUAGAUCCAAGUAGGUUGAGGAGGCAUGGUGAGGAUAGUGAUGCUGAGUCUUCAAGGGAGACGAACAGUGCUGGUAGUAGUGACUGUGAAGCAGAAAUGCGAGGUAAAGGUUUUGUUGAUGGAGUGUGGGGUCGGCAUAAUCUCAUGAACCUAAACUUCCGGGGAGUGCGGAGGAUUACCUUGAGAGAUAAACCUCUUCAUUGUUCAUCCAGUGAUGAAACUGAGAUUUCCAGCUCACAUGGGCUGCUUGUUUAUGAGUAUUUGGAACAGGAGCAACCACAUUAUCGAAAGCCUUUAUAUGAUAAGGUUUCAUCUCUUGCAUCUCAAUUUCCUGAUAUCAAAAUCUACAGAAGCUGUGAUUUAUUGCCUGGGAGUUGGGUAUCUGUGGCUUGGUACCCAAUAUAUAGAAUACCGACGGGUCCAACACUACAAAAUCUGGAUGCAUCUUUUUUGACCUUCCAUUCCUUAUCCACAAAAGCUAGAAGCAAAAAUCAGGUACAGUUUGAGGAACUCGAUGGCAGGAAGGCCAAUAGCACAAUUGCUUCUUCCAAGAUUGCUUUACCUGUUUUUGGCCUUGCUUCCUACAAGUUGAGAGGUUCAAUUUUAACUCCAAGUGGAGCCCAUGAAUGGGAGCAAACAAACUCUUUAUUGCAGGCUGCUGAUACUUGGCUUCGAAGUUUGGACGUUAAUCUUCCUGAUUUCCAAUUUUUUGUUUCACAUAAUUCAUAGUGGCGAUGAUAGAGGCGGGGAUGUAGCCUCUGCAUAAAAAUCUUCCAAACAUGCCAAACAGCUUAUUUUGCUGUUUUUAAGUUCUCUCCUCUCCUGCACAGCGGCAGCAUUCAUUGGAGAUGUUAAAAAAGGGGAAUGUAGUUGGACUCUUGCCUAUUGGCGCUGCAUGGGGAACUUCAUGACUUUAUAAUCUGGGCUUUUUGUUAAAUCACUGAUCACGCCUUCUAGUUUGAUUCCUGUGAUUUCCUCGCCGAACUUUUUAAAUUGAUGCAGGAAAUUUCCCAUCUACACCCAUACCAGUAGCUCUGAGGAGGAUAUCUUGUAAUUUAUUAGGUUUACUCUAAAUGUUGCAUCAAUUGGCUAACAGUUGGUGCUUUGAGUUUACUUGAGUUGUAUAGUUAUGUCGCAACUAAGACAUCCCCAAUAUUACAUCUAUUAAGAAGGGGAUUUAUAGCCACUGAAAACUCCCAAGUUUUUGUCAACAUUACAUUACCCAUCGUAGUAAUUCCGCUAAGCAGUUUACGAUUUCACUUGUGGUCAAAGACUAUUGCCACGUUUGGUUCAGUACUGAGAUUUCGCUUGUGAUCAAGGAUUA